AUGGCCGCGGAUGCCAAGGACUUCCAGUUCCCACCCUUCUACAGCCUGCCUCCAUUCUUCACGCUGCAACCGAAUGCUACCGUGAGGGCCAAGCAGAUGGAGCUGUGGACGCAAUUUGUGUGCGACUACUGCAGGUUUCACCGAGUCUUCAUGCUAGACAUAUCGGAAUCCUCUGCCAUCUUCAAGAAUGCUGAGAUCCAACGCCAGCUCGCCGGCGACGCGCGGAAAGCCCUGGCCAAGCACUUGGUUGAGACAGGGGCAGCCGCCUGGGCCGAUGACGACGGAAAUGGGGGGAAGCCACGGAGCGAGAGGCUCUUGAUCUUCUGGCGCUCGCCAUCUGCUUGGGCAGAUCAGCUCUUAAACUGGGCUCAAGAGAUGGGGCUCAUAGGCAGCGUCGAGACUGUGCAGUCCCUUAUGGAUGGAGAGGCAGCAGAGGGCCAGGAGUUCUUUGGAGCUCAAAGAGAGCUUAUCAUGGUGGCUUUGCAGGAGCUCAGCCGAAGGGGCCGGGCCACGAUCUUUCGGGGCGGCUCGGGUUCCGAAGGUGUCAAGUUCUUGCCAGCAUAG